CGCUGGGACUUCAGAACGGAACCUGUGUGUGUGUGUGUGUGUGGGGCUGAAGCUGCGGCUCAAAAAUCUGACAAUGGCGACAUGGAUGAAAGGAAAACUUCUGCUGCAAAAUGCACCGCCAAGCUGGUUUGUCUGUAGAAACAUGGUGGCGCACAAUGGCAUCCUCCGUAAUCUGAAAUCAGUUAUUAUAGAUCCCAGCGGCGGCAGAACAGUCGGAAGCAGCGGCGGCAGAACAGUCGGAGGCAGCGGCGGCAGAACAGUCGGACGCAGCGUCGGCAGAACAGUCGGAGGCAGCGGCGGCAGAACAGUCGGAAGCAGCGGCGGCAGAACAGUCGGAAGCAGCGGCGGCAGAACAGUCGGAAGCAGCGUCGGCAGAACAGUCGGAAGCAGUGGUAGCGGAGCAGUCAGAAGCAGCAGCAGCCGCAGUGGUGGAACAAUCGGAAGCAGCAGCAGUGAUAGUGGGGCAGUUGGAAGCAGCAGCAGCAGCAGUGCUGGAACCUCCCUUAGCAAUGGAGUCUUCAGCAGCACUACCAGCACUUGCAGCAGCAGCAGCAGCAGCAGCAGCAGCAGCAGCAGCAGCAGCAGCAGCAGCAGGGCCACCAGCACUUCAACUGGCAGCAACAGCAGCAGCAGCAGUGGUGGAAACUCCCUUAGCAGUGAAGUUUUCAGCAGCACUACCAGCACUUCCAGCAGCAGCAGCAGCAGCAGCAGGGCCACCAGCACUUCAACUGGCAGCAGCAGCAGCAGCAGUAGCAGUAGUGGUGGAAACUCCCUUAGCAUUUUCAGCAGCAGCAGCAGCAGCAGCAGCAGCAGUAGUGGUGGAAACUCCCUUAGCAGUGGAGUCUUCAGCAGCACUUACAGCAGGAGCAGCAGCAGCAGCACUAAAACAGAAGCAACACCACCAAAACUGAAAGCCUCCUGCAGGGGCAAAAGACGAAGGCCAGAGGUCUUUAACAGGGAGUUUGACUGGGAGAGUGAAAAACAGUGUUAUGUGCGCUCGGUCACCAGACACAUAAAAGAGAAUCCAGGAGUCCAAGAUGUCAUGUCCGAGCUCUUCACGCUGAUGAACCACGUGACUGAACAGACGCCAGGAGCAAAUGACAGUCAGUGGCGGCAUCCGUCUGACCUCACACGCAGGAACUACCAAAGGCACUUUGGCAACACAACCCCAAAGAUGUCCCUAUCGGACUGGCAGGAAAACAACUUAAAAACCCACGCUCGCUUUUCCAAAAGUCCCUGAAGACAUAGUCUCACACGACCUUUUGCACUUUCUUUCUCAGUUUAAUUUUCUGGUGUGUGUGUGCGUGUGUGUGUUUGCAGUUUGUCACUUUUUUUGCAUGUUUCUCUCUAUGUGAGUUGUAUAUAUAAAUUGCAUGUUUUAAUAAUUUUAUAAUAAUAAGUUUUGAUAAUUCAAAUAAUGUCUGACCCUUGACCUCAAACAAAAUGUCCGUCUGGACUUUGUUUUGCUUAUUUUAACCAUAAAAGGGCCAGAAAAUGUCUUGUGAGUUAAGCACUUUUGCAAAGUUUUCCUGAAUAACUGUCAAUAUCUGGCAGUUAUUCACAAUUCACUGCAUGCUGAAAUAGUGUAUUAACAAUUUUAUAUGAAAAAAAAAAAAAAAAAGUGGUGUAGGUGUGCAUUCACCAGAUUUUGUGUGUUACAUUUGAUAUUUGAACAGUAUAAA